AUGACUCCAGAACAACAGGCGAAGAUUAAAGCGAAUAGAGAGAGGGCAUUAGCAAGACUAAGACAGCGAGGGUUUCUGGAACCUGCAAAGCCAAGUGAUGUUACAAAUACCUGUGCAAAACAUAGUGAACUAAAUAGUGGUGUUAAUAAUACUAUAAAUGUGAAUAAGAAUGUAGCUACGCCUGCUAUCGAGACCAGAAUUACUUCGGUACGUGAUGCCACUCUACAUGCUCUACCGAGCAUUAACGAUGUAGAGAGCUUGGGAGAUAAAAGAAAAAGAGAUACAAGCUCAACUGGGAAUGCUAAUGUUAAUAUUGACAAUGCUACAGACCACAAGGCAAAACCAUUUAUAAGACCCUCUAUUAGAACAUCUGAUUAUAUUGAAUAUGAUUUCUCAACCAUGAAAAAUUUGAAUGGUGGGUAUAUUAAUCCUGAAGAUAUUCGAUCUGAUUCUACUAUGUACGAUGAAUUUUCAAUGGGCUCUAAGAAACAAAAGACUUUAGAAGAUUGGAAAAAAGAACAAAGGGAACGUAGAGAAUUAUAUGAUAAUAAACCUCCUCCUAUUAAUGUCACUGAUGAUAUGAAAUGUAUAGAGUGUAAGAUUAAUUUGGAGAUGGAUCCCAUAAUAGAUGAUAUAUUUAAAAAAAGAGUGUGCAAGAGUUGUGUUAAACAGAUGCCAGAGAAAUAUUCUCUGUUAACAAAGACGGAGUGUAAAACAGAUUAUUUCUUGACAGAUCCGGAAUUAAAUGAUGUUGAAUUGUUUCAUAGGUUAGAAAAACCAAAUCCUCAUUCUGGUACGUUUGCUAGAAUGCAACUUUUCUUAAGAUUAGAAAUUGAAGAAUUUGCAUUUAAAAAAUGGGGUGGUGAAGAAGGUCUGGAUGAAGAAUGGGCUAGACGUGAAAAAAUGAAGAGUGAUAAAAGAGAAAAGAAAUUUGAAAAAAAGAUUAAAGAAAUGAGAAUGAAGACAAGAGCUCAAGAAUUUACAAGAAGAAUACAGGAGAAAAAAUUUGGUAAGCAACAUGUUCAUAAUUUUUCAGCACCUUUUGAAAUAAAAGAUGAUGAAGAUGGUCAUAAAUUAACAAAAAGAAGAUGUAUGGAUUGUGGGCUAGAAACUGAAGAAUUUCUCUUGUAA